GAGCGGCGCCAUGGCCUCUGUCGGUGUGGCCGCCGGGCGUCAGACGGAGGAUGCGUUACCGCCGCCUGUUGAGGCGCCGCUGCCCGAGACAAAGCCGCUGCCGCCGCCUCAGCCGUCCGCUCCGGUCGCCGCGCCUCAGCCACCGCCGUCGCUCGCACCGAGACCCCCGUCGCCUGCGGGCGUGAAGGAGGAGAAUUACUCCUUUUUACCUUUGGUUCACAACAUCAUCAAAUGCAUGGACAAGGACAGCCCUGACAUCCACCAGGACCUGAACGCGCUCAAGACCAAGUUUCAGGAGGUACGGAAGGCUGUUGCCAGCAUGCCUGGCAUCCACUUGAGCCCUGAGCAGCAGCAGCAGCAGCUGCACAGCCUCCGGGAGCAAGUUAGGACCAAGAACGAGCUGCUGCAGAAGUACAAGAGCCUCUGCAUGUUUGAAAUCCCCAAGGAGUAGCAUGAACACGUAGCCAGGAGCGCCAGACCCUACGUACUCCCCAUGGCUCCCCAGGAGAGCCUGUACCAGACCUCAACUCUGACCGUCCGCAUGGAGACUGAACUCGAAGGCUCUAACAGAGCCCCUGUACAUCCGAGUGUCUAGGUAAAUAAAGGCCAGGCCCUGCUGCUGGGAGGUAGGCUGCGGGGGGGCGGGCCCUCUGCCAGAGGCCGGCUCCCCUUGCUGCUCUGAAGAA